GGUAUAUUUAAUGUAAUAAUCCAACUUCUAUCUAUACUCUAUAUAAUAGAAAUAUAUAGUCUAAAUACUAAGGUAACUCGCUUCAUGGAGUCAAAAAGAGCAUUUGAAAAUCCUCGUACAUACAUACUUGUAUGUACAUGCAUAUGUGACUUGACGCCAAGGCCCAAAAUAUAAGGAACAAGAUGGAAUUAAGUAGAUAGUAAAUACAUUUAGGAACUGGAACUGCAAAAGUUAUAUUUUUCACGGAGAGGUGUUUCUGCAACUUGAAGCGAACGUCUUGACAGACCCCCAUUUCUGGAACAUUUCAAAAUUGUAUACACAUAUAUGGUAUAUAAAUAACAAAUAUAAAUACAACAUCAGUGCUGAUGACUCUUUUGUCAUACAAAUAAGUUAAUAUUUAUUUAUUAUUGUUACAUAUAAUGUGGGCUAAUCGAUGAGCAGUGUCCCAUUACCACUAUUACAUACAUACAUACAUAUUUGCAUAUUUGUGCUAGCUUAUUGUUGUUUAACUUUUGUGUCUCGAUAAAUAGGAUAACUUUUCGUAAAGGGCUUUCAAAACGAUUUCGUAACGCAUACAUAUGAAUAGCUUUGAUUUCUAUAUAGGUGUUGUCCGUAUGAAUGUAUGUGCGGAAAGAAUUGCAUCAAUAAAUUCCCAGCCUUUUGGUUAUAUAAAUGGGAAGGUGUAUAAAACCUUUUGCAGUUCUGUGCACAGUCUCACUUCUUCAACUUCAACACUUCACCGAAACUCAAUCCGGCUGAGAGCUUGUCGAUAUGAAGAUCCAUGCGUAUGUCUUGUGUAUGUUUGUGGCCUCAGUCAACAGUGGAUACACACUUGCCGGGAGUAAUCUCAAUGAAGAAAUCGACUUCGGUAGAGACAAUUGGCACGGAGUGAAUCAAUAUGAUGAAAAACGGUCAUUGUCCGCAUACCAUAAGAGCACGGACGCUAUUGGUGAUUACGGUAGAGCCUUUGGAAGUGGCAAACCAAUUACCGAAGUGAUGCAAGAAGAAAAGCGUUCUGAUGACCAUCUUGGUGUAGGUAGCCAGGCCGAUUACGGGAAAUAUACAAGAUUUAUAGAAGAUGGCGGUGUUCUGGCAGGUAAAGGUAGUGCGGCUGUUUCUAGCACUGGUUGGUACGGUAUUCCCGGUAAGAGUAGUGACUUCAGUGGGUAUAGCCGUGAACUAAAAGCAGGGAAAGUUAUUCACGAAGAAGUUGGGACUGGAGGACUUGGGUCUUUUAGAACACUCCAACACUAUGUUAGUCACCAAGAUCAUGUUCUUCAUGGGGGUCCCGAUGAGUUCAGUGUGCCACAAGAAGUCAAAACAAUAAAAUAUAUCCGUGGAGAAGACGGAGACGAUUCAUUCGGGGCGCAUAGAAAUUUUAAUAAUUACGAGGCUGGCGGAGAAUAUACAACUCAUUUUGGUUUCGACCAUCUUGGUACAGACCAUUCAGAUCAAGGAGUUAAGAGCAUUCAUCACGAAGACAAUAAUGGUUACCGUAAUAUUUUUAAAACUCAUUAUGCUCAUGGAGAUAGCACCGAUCACAAUCAAUUUGGUGUAUAUGGAGAAUUAAUUGAACAUCAAGCCAAGGAUAAUAGUCACGGUUAUCACGCAUAUGGUGGCCUUAACUUUGAUAAUACCGAAUUUGAAGGUUAUGAAAACAGAUUCGGCGGUUUCAAGUCAGAUGGUAGUCUUUCAGAUGUUGCAUAACACAAAGCGGUUAAAAGUGUCACACAUUGUUAUUGUUAAAUUAGAAAUCGACAUAAAAAUAAAUGAGUUUUUAAUUUAUAAUUGCAUAAUUAUUAAGUCCAAUAUAUUCAUACUACAUUUUAUAAAUAA